AUGAGGCCUACGACGAGUUAUGAUGACCUUGUUAAUUCUGUACUACAGAAACUUGGUCUGCAAUGCGUGAAACGGGUUAAGAAAAUUUUCUAUCGCAUUUCGAUCUUAGUGCUGCAAGAAAUCGUGAAGUACGAUUGUUUCACGAUCGGUAGUGAUGAGGACUUGCAGGUCAUGUUUCAUUGUCGUCGGCAGUUUUCUGAGGUUAGGACACCUGAGCUGUUGGCGAAGUUGGUUGAUGUCGUUUCUAGCUCGGGGGGUUCGAACCAGAAUACCCAAACUAUAGGCACGGUAGCCGGUUCUAGCUCCAGACCUGUUGGUGUAUCUUCGUCCGUCCCUGUGAAUGAAUCUCCGGUCAAGCCUGUCGCCUCCCCGUUGUUCGCUGUUGAUCUCAACUGUAGUGGAGGCAGAGAGGUUAGAGUAGGGGAUAUUGUGCCGACUUCUUCACAGUGUGCCGCACCAGCUAGUCUGGACAAUGCUUUGCUGAAUGAUGUUGAUGAUGAUGAUGUGGAGCCGGAUAUCAUUGCUGAUGACAGUGAUGAUGGUAUUGGAGCUAGUGAGCCAGCUGGGGCUGGAGGUGGUUCUAGUUCUAGCACACAGCAAGAUGGCCAGGGGUCUGCAGGUCUGUCAGAGUUUCAGGUUGGUCAGCAGUUUCAGAAUAAAGAUGAGGUUGUGUUAAGUGUGAAGACGUACAGCAUCCGACACGGGGUACAUUACAAGGUGGUGGAGUCUGACUAUCGUCAGUAUGUUGGGAAGUGUUCUAAGUUUGGGAAUGGGUGUACAUGGUUGAUUAGGCUAAGUCUCUGGCAUCGCAAGGGCAUUCGGGAGCAUCAAGGGGCUUCUGAAUGCGACGAUAGUACACUUUGGGUUCAGGCGAUGUAUAGGAGGGUUUGGUUGGCGAAGCAGAAGGCUGUGGCCCACAUCUAUGGUGAUUGGGAUGAGUCGUACAACGAGUUCCCUAGGUGGGUGUUAGGAGCUCAGUUGACGAUGCCUGGUACUGUUGCAGUCCUUAGGACGAGUCCUGUUCGAGUUGGGGGGCAGGUCGACGGCUCGCAAGCUUAUUUUCACCGACUGUUCUGGACAUUUCCACCAUGUAUUGAGGCAUUCCGUUAUUGCAAGCCCUUGGUUAGUAUUGACGGCACCCAUCUGUAUGGCAAGUAUGGGGGUAUGUUGCUCGUCGUGAUUGCACAGGACGGAAACUCCAACAUACUGCCUGUUGCAUUUGCACUGGUUGAGGGUGAGAAUGCUGAGUCCUGGUCCUUCUUUCUCUCCCAUCUCCAGCAGCACGUGACACCGCAACUGGGUCUACUGGUUAUAUCAGAUAGGCAUAACGGCGUCAAGGCUGCGCUUGAGGCUCCCGAUAGAGGAUGGCUACCUCUAGCUGCCUACCGUGCAUUCUAUAUUCGACAUGUGGCAACAAAUUUCGCCCUGACCUUCAAGGGCAAGGACGCAAGGAGGCUUCUUGUGAAUGCAGCUUAUGCUAAGACUGAGGUGGAAUUCGAUUACUGGUUUGAUAUUCUGCGGUCUGAAGACCCUGCCAUGUGUGAGUGGGCGAACCGGAUCGAGUAUUCAUUGUGGACUCAGCAUCGGGAUGAGGGUAGGAGAUUUGGUCACAUGACGACAAAUAUCUCCGAGUGUGUUAAUUCAAUCCUAAAGGGGGUCAGGAAUCUUCCGGUGUGCUCACUGGUGAAGGCAACUUACGGGAGGUUGGCAGAAUUAUUCGUUCGCAAGGGGAGAGAGGCUGAGGCCCAGCUAGAAACCGGACAACAAUUCAAUCAACAUAUGGUGAAAUGUAUAGAGGCCAAGACACACUGGGGGAGAUGA